UAACGAGACGAGGCAUUAUUGUAUAGCGAGCGCCCUCUUGCUCUCUCCAGCAGCAGCGGUACAUCAUUUCCCGUCGACUCCGUCGACUCUCGGAGGACAGAAUAUGGAGGCGAUAGCAAAGCACGACUUUACGGCAACCGCCGAGGACGAGCUCAGCUUUCGUAGGAGCCAAGUCCUGAAGAUUCUAAAUAUGGAAGAUGAUAUGAAUUGGUAUAGAGCUGAAUUGGAUUCUAGAGAAGGGCUUAUACCAAGUAAUUAUAUUGAGAUGAAAAGCCACGACUGGUACUAUGGCAGGAUAACCAGAGCAGAUGCUGAAAGAUUAUUGAUGAACAAACAUGAAGGUGCCUUUUUGAUCAGAAUCAGUGAAAGCUCUCCUGGUGAUUUCUCCUUAUCUGUAAAGUGCUCUGAUGGUGUACAGCACUUCAAAGUAUUAAGAGACGCUCAGGGCAAGUUCUUUCUCUGGGUUGUCAAAUUCAACAGCCUCAAUGAACUGGUGGAAUAUCAUCGUACAGCAUCCGUUUCUCGCUCGCAAGACGUUAAGCUACGUGACAUGGUCCCUGAGGAGUAUUUGGUGCAAGCACUCUAUGAUUUUGCACCGCAAGAGCCUGGCGAGUUGGAAUUUCGACGAGGAGAUGUAAUUACUGUCACAGAUCGUACAGAUCAGCACUGGUGGCACGGUGAAAUCGGUAAUAGACGGGGUCUGUUUCCGUCUACCUAUGUCACGCCAUACCACUCCUAGGCCUUAUAUGGCCGAGCGCAUAGAGACCGUUAUUGGGAACAGUGGCCGCCUUAUCCCACCUCUAUCACCUACAGGAUCCGAGUUGCCGCGGAUUUGAUAAAUAAUAUUUUACAAACCUCACCUAUUGAAUGGGCUACCAAGGUAUAUUGGUGGUCGCGCCGAAAAGUCUUCUGAGUAAACACAGCUAAAAGUGUUGAACGUAUAUCCCAACACCAAAAUCCUUGAAUACCGAAGAAUAAACGUGUCACGUUAUAAAUGAAAGAGAGAAAAAGAGCGAGAGAAAGAAUGAAUGAAUCGUCUCAUCGAUAUCACAUCGAAACAUCCCAGCAUGAGAGGAUAAAAUGACAUUUAGAAUUUAAGGAAGAUUUUGAGUAUUUAAAAAUAUUGAACGAUAUCCGAGAAUCCGAAGAUCUCUAAUGCUAUCCAGGGAUCCGAAAAUGCUUUUGCGAAUGUCUAGAGAUGUAAAAAUGAUGCCUAAAAGAUGCCUAAGGAUCUUAAGGAUUCAAGCAUUUAUAGAAUUCUAACAGUUUACAAUGACCCUCUAAGAGUUAUCUAAGUAUCUAUGGAUAUAUCCUCAAGGAUCUAAGAGUCUCUUGUGUACGAUCAUCCACAAGAUCACAUUCGAAAAAAACCGAAUAUGUAUAUCUUUGUUUUCUUCCCUUUUUUGUAAACCUUUUUGAGGACUUUACUUAUUGCGCAAAGCACAGAACUUCGUAGCAUUAUUGUGUAAUUAUUAUCUUUUAUGGUUAUUAUUAUUAUUAUUAUUAUUAUAACUAUUAAUGUUAUGUUAUAAUUUUAUUGAUAACAAUAUAUUAUAUUAAUUAUGGCCGCGUGUGCUUUGUUUACUUGUGCCCACUGAUUAAUGAUUAUUCCUUUAGAUUACGAAAAGUAAUGUGCUGUACCGAGAUAGUCGAUUAUUGCUGCUUAUGUAGCAUGUUACUUGCUUAUUGUAACAAAUAUAACAAGUGAUUGAUCAGUCUGCCUGUUCAUUGCGUGCUAGCUAAUAUGUCAUACAGGAAAUAUUCUGCUUGUACGCUUUUGUAGCUUCAUCACAGUUGUCCGCGCUAAAUUUUAGAAGCGGAAACUCAUAUUCAAAAUCAGUGUUGUUCUGUCAGCUUUAAUAAACGAUGUUUGUUUCCAUUUAUGAAUAGAAUCAAAACUCUAGGAUUAAACAUUGAACGCGAAUACGAUCUAAUAGAAGACGUGGUAGAAUUUGUAAGGGAAGACUUGAGAGUUUAUCCCUCAGAUUAUUCAAGUUUAAGUAUGGUUCAGAGCGCAAUAUAUCUCUACUAAGCAAGUGAUGUAUUAACUGAUUGCGUUGAUAGACUGAUGAAGAACUAGCACUAAUUAUGCCGUUAAUUCAUUUCAUGCAUAAAUUGAAUCUUAUUAAUAAGCAAGCAAAUCAGAUAAGAAAAUAAGAUAUGUCACGAUAAAUCAUUCGAAAAUUUCUACAAAUAAAUAAAAUUUGAUUCAGAAAAAAAUUACGUAUUAUUUAUGGAAUGAAUCGCUUGACUGUUAUUUAUUAAUUGACGAAUUGACUAAAUUAAAAUCUCCCUGAGAAAAAAAAUACUGUUAAUGAUGUACUUUUACGUUAAAAUAUACUAUAUAGCAUAACACUCUUGGACCAAGCAAUGUAUAAUAAUAAUAAUAAACGCAAAAUAAAUAUCUGCCAAAGUCAAA